UGUCUCGAGGGUAAGGUUGGGGGAGAGAACUGAGAGGAAGGGGGGAUAAGAGUUCGUUUUGGGGGUUUUCAUUUCGCUGUAUAGGCGGCUGGAGGUCCGCCUUUCCCCCAAACCCCUAGUUUUUUCCCCUCGAGAGGCCGGGAGCCAGUAGGAGUAUAACUCGCGCCGGUGUAGCAGCAGUCACACACAGACCACCAGAAGCUGCACAACAUCACACUGUCAGCCAUCGUCAACGACACAGACAACCACCGUCAUGGCAGCUCUGAAUGGCAAAUGGAAGCUGGUCUCGCUUGAUAACUUCGAGCUGUAUUUAGAUGCUGUUGGUGUACAAGGCGAGUCGCGCGAGAGAGCGUUGAAGCUCCUGACACCAGAGAACAACAUCGUGCAGGACAUCAGCAUCGACGGCGACAACAUCAGCAUCGUCACCAUCACUCCUGUCUCUCCUAUUGAAGUCAACGCACAGAAUGGAGUGGAGUUCGUGUCGCGCUACCUCGACGGCAGAGAGAUAAAGACGCUGUUUACUGUAGACGGGGACACACUGGUGGAGGAAAUCAGCGGUCCUUUCAGUUCUAAGAUCGUCCGAGCCAUUGAAGGCGACCAGAUGGUCAUGAAAAUGUCUGCAGGGGAUGUGACAUCAACUCGCCGUUACGAGAGAGCCUAGGUGGGUGCGCCGUGCAAUAUGCAUAGCCACCGGCCUUUACACGUGUGUAUGUGUGUGUGCGUGCUUGUGCCUACACCAGUGUGAGAGGACGUGUCGCCACUUCAUCUUUACAAAGUUGUCACGAUGAGUUUUUGACCUGCCUGCCAAAACCCAAAAGACAAAUUUCACUAAAUCCAGGAUGAAGAUCCCUUACCAUGUCAUUAAAAAAUCCAAACCCGGGAGCAUCAUCAAUAAAGAUUUAUACAACAGAAA